AGCAGCAAAAACCAUUGUCAUAUUCGGAAUCAGCAUAGUCGAUAACCUAUUCUCCACUAGGUUUCAAGAAAAAAGCGAGCGGACACUUGGGGCAGUUCCCUCGUAAGUAGAACAUCAACAUAUGAAAAGAUUGAUCACUUGUAAAAGGAUCAGUUAAACAAAAGACAAAAAUAGAGAUGCGAAGCUUUUCUUGGAAAAAUGAAUCAGAAGGAAGUUUACCUCUAGAAAAUGACUCGAUGUGACUCGGAUCAAUUUUUGACUCGACAAGAAAGAGACGAGUUUUCUGUAACCUUUAGCAAGAUUUGUCUUCUAGAACAAAUGUUUUAGAAAACAAACUUUUAAAUUUUUGUUCACAUUUUCUUUUAGCUCUUGUACAACAUGAUCAAAUCAAAAGUGAACUCGUCAAACAAAAUGCUAUACCGUUACUAGUUCGAUGUACUAUGGACACUAGAUUUGAUAUUAUUAAAGUUCAACAACGUGCAUUAGAGAUUCUAUGGGCAAUGACAUUUAAUGAAGAAGCUGCUAAUAUUCUAAAAGAUGAUCAAAAUUUCAUGGCAAAUGUUAAAUCUCUUCAAAUGUCUAAUGAAAUAGGUGUCAAAAAAGCAGCUGACGGCAUUAUAUGGAUAUUAGUACAAGAAGUUGAAUUUAUGAGAGAAAAAGCAGAAGAAGAAAUAAUAGAUGCUCAAUCAAUUACUCCAUCUUUAUAUAAAUAUGAUAUUAUGAUCAGUUAUUCACAUACCGACAAAGAUUUAUGCUAUAAAAUACAAGAACAUUUAGUAAAAGAUAAAUUUCGUGUAUGGCUUGAUCGGGAUAAUCUCUAUGGGUCACAAAUGCAAGAAAUGGCUAAUGCUAUUGAAAAUUCAGAAUUUAUUUUUAUCUGUACAUCUCAUGCAUAUAAACAAAGUGCCUAUUGUCAAUCGGAAGCUCACUAUGCAUAUGAAAGACGUUGUCAAUUGAUACCGUUAAAAGUCAUAGAAAAAUAUCGUCCAGAUGGUUGGCUUGGCUUUAUUCUUAGUGGUAAGGUAUAUAUAGAUUUUUCGAAAACAGAUUUUGAUAAUGCCUAUCAAAGAUUGAUGAGUGAAAUUGACCGUUAUCGUAAUCAAGAAACGACAAAACAAGAUUCAGAUCAUCACUUAUCACAUGGUAAUCCGACUACCGAAACAAGUGAGAACAAGCCGUUAAACAUCGCAUCGAAAGAAAAGACGUCGUCUUACGAUACAAUUCGUUUAGAACAAUGGACAGUAGAAAAUGUUGUAGAUUUUCUCAAUGAAAUGGAACUUGAUGCGAUGAUACCCCUUUGUGAAAGUAUGGAUGGUCGACAAUUAUAUGAAAUGUAUAAAUUAUGUAAAUCAAAUUCAGAUUCAAUGUAUCAAUCACUUAAAUCUGAAUUAAAUGAGUUGCAAAAUAAAACAUUACCAAUUCGAGUUUAUGUUCGCUUUUUAGAUACGUUAAGAAAAUAUGUUCCAAUAACAAAUGAUGCACAAUCAGUAAUUUGUAAUGUCAUGUAG